AUGGAACAGUACUUGCGAUCCUGGCGGCAGGACGCGUUCAAUCGCGGCCAGCAUGAAUCUGCUAUCUACAUUGGAGACAAGGUUCUAGCACUCACUAACAGUGACGCGGAUGCCUUCUGGCUAGCUCAAGUCCAUUUCUCCAACAACAACUACACACGCGCGUUAGCUCUUCUCUCCCGCGGCGACCUUGUUUCACGAAACCCCGCCUGCCGUUACCUUGCAGCCCACUGUUACAUAAAACAAAACCAAUUCGAACAGGCCCUCAGUAUCCUGGGCGAAAAUAAUCCCACAGACUUGAUCCGCAGCAACGAUAAUAGCCGCCGAAAGAUUCAGCAUCUCAAUGGGCAAAACCACAUCACAUCGCGCAAUGGGAAAACAUCAACAAGUCGUGGUGAGCGGGUGGAGGACGAAGAAGGAGAUGAUGACGGCAAUAUCAAAUUUGAAGCAUCUAUGUGCUACUUGCGAGGCCUCUGUUUUGCAAAGCAGAAUGCAUUCGAUCGUGCUCGGAGCUGCUACCAGGAUGCGGUACGGAUCGAUGUGCAGUGUUUUGAGGCUUUUGACCAGCUCAUGAAAAACUCGCUCAUGUCCCCCACCGAGGAGCUUGAGUUUCUUGAGUCUUUAGAUUUCGAUUCAGUCACCUCGCCGGAACCUUCUAUUGCCCAAGAAGCAGCCGACUUCACUAAAAUGCUUUACACCACUCGCCUCUCCAAAUAUUCCUCACCCACAAUCCUGUCGAAUGCCACCGAAACACUUUCGACACACUACAACCUCGCCCAAAAUCCCGACAUAUUGCUAUCUCGUGCUGAGACGCUAUACACCCAGUGUCGGUUCACAGAAGCCCUUGAACUGACUUCUUCCAUCCUCUCCACCGCCCAGUCGAAUGAAUUAGCGAAUACCAGCAACAACAGUAUCCCUGCUCAUAAUCAUCUGGGCCAUGCACCCGCAGUGUACCCUUUACAUUUGGCUUGUCUCUACGAGACAGGUGCCACCAACGCCCUUUUCUUACUAUCACAUUUGCUGGCUGAUCAUGCACCGGAGGAGCCUUACACAUACUUGGCUAUUGGAGUUUACUAUCUCGCGGUUUCUAAAAUCGCGGAAGCACGGCGGUUCUUCUCCAAAGCCUCUUUACUCGACCCUCACUCGGCACCGGCCUGGAUUGGCUUUGCCCAUACCUUCGCUGCCGAGGGCGAGCAUGAUCAGGCAAUUGCGGCUUACAGUACAGCCGCACGACUAUUCCAGGGUAGUCACCUGCCACAGCUGUUCCUGGGGAUGCAGCAUCUCGCCCUGAACAACAUGUCCCUAGCCCACGAGUAUCUCUGUGCUGCUUUUGCCAUGUCAACUGGGUCUGCCCCAGGCACUACUGCUACUCCUGGCAAAUCGCCGUUAACGCCCCUGAACGGUGACCCUCUAGUACUUAACGAGCUUGGUGUUGUGUUUUAUCAUCAGAAUAACCUUACACCCGCAGUCGAACUCUUUCGACAAGCACUGAAGUUGGCGGGCUCUCUUCAUUGCGAACCAGGCGCCUGGGUCGCGACCCGUGCCAACCUGGGUCAUGCAUUACGUCGAAUGGGCCUUCUGAAGGAUGCACUACGUGAGUUCGACGAGUGUCUGCGUGUAGGUGCCGGAGGCAGCAGUAUGGGCUACUCCCCAUUCCUGGGUGGUGGCGUGGGUGGAUCCGCCGCCGUCGCAACCGCCUCUGGUGUUGGGGGCUACGAAGACCGGGGAUUGGUUGGGUCGCUUCACACCUCGAGAGGUCUGCUCCUAUUGGAGCUCGGACGAACCGGUGAGGCUGUUACAGCCUUGCACGAAGCCGUGCGUGUUUUAGGGGCCAGCGGGGGCGGAGACGCUGCCGGGGGAGCUGGGGUUGCGGGGACGCUACUUUCGCGAGCCUUGGAGCUUUGGUCGUUGGAGGGCCGUGAACAAGAUCGCCAAGCCUUGAAGGCGUUGGAAGCAGGGACCCGAUCGUCGAACUCGCAUUCUUACAAUAAAAGUUCGUCAUCCCGCUCGCGUGAGACCCGCAGGGAACGUCCGGCACCAGAGCCCCGGCGGCGUGUUCCAGCUGAGGCGUACCAAGAAGAAUGGACAAGUGAGGUCACACAUGCAGCGACACCUGAACCAGCCGAAUCCGGAACUAUGGAGCAGCAUAUUGAGAUGGACCUAGAUGAGGAGGCUGAUGGACUUUUGCGCCGAGCGUUGGGUCGAGUGCGCCCGGGGCGGCGCCGCCCAGCCUUACCCGCCACGCCGGACACAGACAUGCAUGAGACUCCGCCUCGGAGCCGUCAUCGAUCUACUCGGAGUGAAUCCCGACAAUGA